AUGGCGCGGGACUGCGCGGCGCGGAGCCUGGACGGCAUCGACCUGGCGGCGCUGCGGGACCCUGCAGGGAUAUUUGAACUGGUGCAGGUUGUUGGAAAUGGGACAUAUGGACAAGUCUAUAAGGGUCGCCACGUUAAGACUGGGCAGCUAGCAGCAAUCAAAGUGAUGAAUGUAACUGAGAAUGAAGAAGAAGAAAUCAAGCUGGAGAUAAAUAUGUUAAAAAAAUAUUCUCAUCACCGGAAUAUUGCUACAUAUUAUGGUGCAUUUGUUAAGAAAAGCCCAGCAGGCCAAGAUGAUCAGCUCUGGUUGGUGAUGGAGUAUUGUGGUGCCGGCUCUGUGACUGAUCUGGUAAAGAAGACAAAGGGUAACUGCUUCAAGGAAGACUGGAUUGCAUAUAUCUGCAGAGAGGUUCUCAGGGGCUUAGCACAUCUUCAUGCUCACCAUGUCAUCCAUCGAGAUAUUAAAGGACAAAAUGUUCUACUCACAGAAAAUGCAGAAGUAAAGCUGGUGGAUUUUGGUGUAAGCGCCCAGCUGGAUAGGACUAUUGGGAGGAGAAACACGUUUAUUGGAACUCCCUAUUGGAUGGCGCCUGAGGUCAUUGCUUGUGAGGAGAACCCAGACUCUACAUAUGAUUACAGAAGUGACCUGUGGUCCCUGGGAAUCACGGCUAUCGAGAUGGCCGAAGGAGCUCCUCCCCUGUGUGACAUGCACCCCAUGCGAGCGCUCUUCCUCAUCCCCCGGAACCCGCCCCCCAAACUGAAAUCCAGAAAAUGGUCAAAGAAAUUCCUUAACUUUGUUGAAAGCUGCCUUGUUAAAAAUUACUUGCACCGGCCAUCCACUGAGACCUUGCUUAAGCAUUCCUUCAUCCGAGACAUGCAGAAUGAACGGCAAGUGCGCAUCAUGCUCAAAGACCACCUGGACAGGACCAGGAAGAAGAAAGGAGAAAAGGAUGAAACAGACUAUGAUUACAGUGGAAGUGAGGAGGAAGAUGAUGAGCUGAAUGAAGAUGAAGGAGAACCAAGCUCCAUAGUUAAUCUCCCGGGAGAGUCAACUCUCCGUCGGGAAUUUCUGAGGCUGCAGCAGGAGAACAAAAACCGUUCUGACCCUCAUCACCAGCAGCAGCAGCUGAAGGACCAGGAGAAGUACAAGAAGCAGCUGCUGACGGAGCGGCAGAAGCGAAUCGAGCAGCAGAAAGAGCAGAGGAGGCGGCUGGAGGAUCAUCAAAGGCGAGAGCAAGAGCUCCGGAGGCAGCAGGAGUGUGAGCAAAGGUGGCCAGAGGCUAAGGCCACUCAGAGGAAAGAGGAGAGAUGUAAAGAGGACAAAAGGACUGUGGAGGAUGAACGAUGCGUGGUAGAUGGCCAGAGAAAAUCAGAAAAGAAGCAGAAAAAGCUGGAAGAUGUGCAGCAGCAGCAGCAGCACAAGAAGGUGCAUCGAACUCUCCCCAAAGACCAGACACAGCUGCUGUCUCUCCAGCAUGACCACAAGCAGAAGAAAAAGGAGCCUCCCAAGAGUUCAGUUUCAGCAGCACAUCCUCCCUCAAGCAGCACAAGCAAAGAGGCCGAGGACCGAAAAAAGAAAAGUGAUGGCAUGCAGCCUUCUCUCCAGUGGUCAGCGGUGCUUGGGCAUGAAGCCACACCACACGCUAAGAUGGGCUCUGGCAGUAGUUCUAGUCCUUGCACCCCUGCGAUGCAAAGAGUGGUGUUAGUACAGUGUGAAAAUUUCCGGGCUAGUAGAGAUGCAUUCCACAGCAGUUCGCUGUCAGAUAUGGUGACAACACCAGUCAGCCCUGGACAGGACGAUGUAUUCUGGAGUAUGAGUCAAAAUGAAGAACAGCCCCCAAAGGUUCCUGAAAGGACAACCUCUAAAUUUUACAGCAGGGAUCAGCCUGGCCAUCAGAGAUGUCUUUCAAGUAACGCUCACCAGCCAUCCCCUGGGGCACAUGUUCUGAAACUAAGCAGCAGCAGUAGCUCUCCUGGCAACAAGCAGUGGGAGAUGGGAUCUCAUCAGAGCAGCCGAUCAACCUCAGGAUCAGCCAAGGCAGAGAAUGUGUUGUCCCAGAACCACUUGCAGCAGAAUAAGAAGCCUGAAAAACCUUCUCAUCCUGGCCAGAUUGCAAGUCCAGGCUCCUUUGCCAAGGGGAAGGACAGUGCCAAUUCAUUCUUAAAAGCAGCGGACUAUUCCUCAUCUAGUGAUGAAAUCGGCAGCAGUGAUGAAGAUGACAUGAACCACACAAGGCAACUGCUAAGUAACCGAGUAGCAGAUUUCUCAAGGACAAGAGUACCAGAUGGGAUUGAACUGAAACCCCAAAGCACCGUUGCAGAACAGAAGGAUCAGAUUUUAGGGAAACAAAUUUCUAGUACCCAAGAAGGCCUCUGGAGUGUAAAUAGCAAGAACUAUCUCCUGCCAGAUCUUCUCCAGCAAAGCCAAGUUUCAGACUCCUCUGUGAACCAGCCAAAAGUGCCACUGACUAGCCAGGAUCCUCAGAACAAAUCUGUGAAUAAGACAUCGUGCAUUGAAAGUACACCUUCAAAAAGCAGUACAUCAUCUACAACAUCAUUUACUUCAUUCAUAGAUCCUAGACUUCUGCCAGUCACCCCUCCCACCAGUCCAGUAGGACCUUCCUGUAGUUCUUCAUCUAGUGCAAAACUCGAGCCUGUCAGGAGAGCAAAUGUGAGGAAGGGCUCUGUUGUCAACGUUAACCCAACAAAUAUCCGCCCACAGAGUGACAGUCCAGAAAUCCGUAAAUACAAGAAGAAAUUCAACUCGGAGAUCCUUUGUGCUGCUUUGUGGGGAGUAAAUUUACUGGUUGGAACAGAGAAUGGGUUAUGGCUGUUGGACAGAAGUGGGCAAGGAAGAGUUUAUUCUCUAAUUACAAGGAGACGAUUCCAGCAAAUGGAUGUUCUGGAAGGACUCAAUGUGCUAAUUACUAUAUCAGGGAAGAAGAAUAAGUUAAGAGUGUAUUACUUAUCAUGGCUAAGAAACAAAAUUUUGCGUAACGAUCCGGAGGUGGAGAAGCGGCAAGGCUGGGUGUCUGUAGGUGACCUGGAAGGCUGCGUACACUACAAAGUUGUAAAAUAUGAGCGAAUUAAAUUCCUUGUAAUUGCUUUGAAAAACUCAGUAGAAGUUUAUGCUUGGGCUCCAAAGCCUUAUCACAAAUUCAUGGCUUUUAAGUCCUUUACGUCACUUCAUCACAAACCACUGUCAGUUGACCUGACAGUUGAAAAUGGACAAAGAUUAAAAGUGAUAUAUGGCUCACUAGUAGGCUUUCAUGCUAUUGAUGUGGAUUCUGGAUCUGUGUAUGACCUGUACCUUCCAACACACAUCCAGGGGACUAUUCGCCCACAUGCCAUUAUCAUCCUCCCGAACACCAGUGGAAUGGAACUUUUACUUACCUAUGAAGAUGAAGGCAUCUACAUUGAUAUAUAUGGGCACUUCACAAAGGAAACUGUUUUACAGUGGGGAGAAAUGCCAGCAUCUGUAGCUUAUCUUCAGUCAAAUCAGGUCAUGGGCUGGGGAGAGAAAGCAAUUGAACUACGCUCUGUGGAAACAGGGAAUCUGGAAGGAGUAUUUAUGCACAAGAAAGCACAGAAGCUAAAAUUUCUAUGUGAAAGAAAUGACAAGGUAUUCUUUGCAUCUGUUCAGUCAGGAGGCAGCAGUCAAAUUUACUUUAUGACUCUCGGUCAAAAUGUACUGUUCAACUGGUAAAUCACAUCACAAUGAAGGAUGUUUUGAAAUUCCCUCUAGCUAGCAGUGUAAAAUGCUUGGAGCAAUUUUGCACUUUUUACCUACAAGAAUCCUGACAUUAUUAACUUAGCAAAAUUCAUGUUCUUUCAGUUUGGAAAGAAUUCAAUUUUCCUGUCAAAGUAUUGCAAACAUGUUUAGGUCUAUUUUCUAAGAUAAAAACCAAGACUGUAUUCACAGUGUUAGCAAAGAGCAACUGUAAUGAGGAAUGUAAUCAACAUACAACCUAUUGUACUAUGAAAAAUGUACUUUUUUGUUUUUCCCACGGACAGUGUAAUACAGUUAGCUUGAACUGAAGACUUUUUUUUGGAUGGCAACGUCUGUAUGUAGAUAUAAAACAUACAUAUUGGGUGACAUUGGAAUCUACCUUAUUUUGAAUUUGUUUUGGCUUGCUUUACAUUUUAACAAAAUUGUUACUGUUUCGCUAAAGCACGUUUGUCCAGGUCUUCUAAUCAGUGAAAGAGCAACUGUUCAUUCAGGAACCUAAUGCAGAUUUGGAGCCUGAGGGAUUGUAUCUUGUCCUAGGUAGGGUGGGUGCAUUUCAUGGCAGAGCUGUAAAAGCAGCUACUCUAGACGUGUGCCCCUUGUGGCAGAUCUUACAAAAUACAGGGGACAGUCUUCCUGUUUCUCUCAGGGCUGGAUGUCUCAGCCUUUAGACACAGUUACUGUAGAAUGUAUUUGUAAAAAUAGUUUAAAUAGUAGUUUGUCAGAAUCAUUUAUGCAUAAACGCAUUAUGGACCUGAAUCUUUAAAUUUUCACUCAAGUGACCCAUACUUACGUGAGCUGAUUUAAAGGCACUACCCUUGUGUACAAGGGCACAGGAUCAGGCACUUUUUUUUUUUCCCCCCUUCCCCUUCUUACUCUUUAAGCAUCAAGUUUUCAUGUAUUUCCAUGUAAAUACAAUCUUUCCAAAAUAGAUAUCAAGAUUAACAAAGGUAUUCUUAAUAUAGUUAUGAAAAUAUCCAAAGAGUUGAUCUAUUAUAAAUAGAAAAUAUAAAUAAUUUCAGGUGCUUUCUAUGCUAAUUACAUCUAAACAAAGCUGCAUCCACCAGUGGUAUUGGUGCCAGUGUUUCUGCCAUAAAAUUGUUCUCAGGGGGCUUGUAACUUGGCCAUAAAACUGUAUAAAUGUUCUAGGAUUAAAUUGUAGGGUUUAAUGUAAUCAUCAUUUAGCUGAUUUUUGGAUGUGCUUUGAAAAUGUAAAGCAUCAAAUAAAAAACAAUACAAAAGAGCUUGUUCCAGACAUGAUACAGUAUGGAUGACACUGUAUGUAAAAGUGAAAUCAUUAGCUACAGUGUUUGAAAACGGUUAUAUUUUACUUGAAAUAUGUGAUACAGAAAGGUGCAGGGAAAGUGUAUUGGAAUAUCUGGUCGUCUACCUCAAGAAUGAUGAUUCAAAAUUGACUAAGAAGGGGUGAAAUUAAAGUUGUUAGAACCAGUAGCUGUUUUGUACAGUAUGUCAGGUUAAGUUAGUGUUAAUAGAUGUUGUGACUGACAGGUGCUCAGAUUGCAACUGUCAGCUCCAGAACUGGUAUUUUUGUACGUAACUUUAGCAGAGAAGUCCAGGAAUGAAUCAAACUGGGGACAAAUCACCAUUUUCACCCCCAGUGGAGGCACCUCAGGUGCUGCAGGGCAGACUGGAGAUGCCUACACUGUUGCCAUGUUCUUUGCCUACACGGAGGACUGCACUUUCCAGAGUGUUUAACCUAGCACUUUUCAUGAGCAUUAGUUUAUCUACAAAUGUGUAGUAUUUUUCAUGAAGUAUUUUUCCUCUUAAGUGUUUUAACUUACAAAAAAUACAAGCCUAAGGACAUGCUAAAAAAUAUGUGCAGUUGCAUACGCAAAAUGGAUUUUAAUCCAAAACAAUCAGUUUGUGCACAGACUUAAAAUCUGAGCAGUAUAACAUGCCCAGGAAGAGCUGCAUAAAAUCUGUAGGUCUAUCUGUAGUAGUGUUCCUAUCUGUUGCCUAUAAAACAGGGGCAAAUAAGCCAGCCAGACAGACAUUUUGGCCUGGCCUGGAUUCCCAUGCUACUGAACAUGAGGCUUAAACAACAACAGCAAAAAAAAAAAAAAAAAGAAAGAAAAAAAAACUAACCCUUAACAGAAACCGAAAGUUACAAAUAGAGGCAAAAUGUAAUUUGCUAACAAUCAGAACUACAAGAACUAGCUUUUGAUUUAAAGUAAAAAUUCUAAGACACUGUGAAGAAAAGAAAGCUAUCAUUUUGCACCCAAUGGUUGUACAAAACUUGUUUUCAAAACUGCUCUUGCUACAAGCAGUCAGUAAUCCAGGCUGCCAUAUAGUAUUCUUUUUUAAAUGUGCUUGUCAUAUCAGCCUUUGCAUUACAUGGGAGGCAUAUGAAAUUCUCCCCCCACCCCAUUUUGGUGUCAACAGGUAGGAGGCAGAUUUUUCCUGAUGCUAGGCACUAGUUCAGAAGAAUUAGCAGAGGACAGGGGAAAUUGGAAGAGCUCAUGCCAAGAGAUUAAAGAAGCAAAUGUAAUUAAAUUUUAAUAUAUAUUGUAACAAAAAAGUGACAGUAAGUUGAAACUGAAAAAAGAAAUGAGUUUGAGAGAGAGGGAAUGUGUAUUAUAGCAUUAAGAAUUUAAUCUUUCAUUCUGCUCCACAAGUUUUUUUCAGCUAUAAUGAGUUGGACGACAACUUUCAUGCCUUUUUUUUUUUUUUUUUUUUUUUUUUUGCAUGUAAAGCUGUUGGAAUGAUUUUGGGUUACAUCCGUGUGUAAAUAUGGAAACAGUCUGGCCAUUAGAGGUAAAUGUUUUAAUGGAUUUAGAAAUGGGAUUCCAAGUAAUAAUUAAUGGCAUUUGAGGGCAACAAGGAAAAGAAUGUGUGCAUAAGCCUAUCAGGAGAAAAUCAGAAUGGCUGAUGAUGAGAAAAUGCUCAGAGAUGUUGAAAAGAUUAAUUGGAAAGCAGGAAAGUGACUGAAGAGAAGGGCGAAGCUGAACACAGUAAACAGGAGCAGCCAAAGGGGGAGAAGUGGAUGUCUAGAACUUGUUAUGGGAGUACAAAAAGGAGGUUAAGAGAUGUUAAGGAGAGGAAAGUAACGAAAAAGACAGAAACGUAUCUGGAAUGACUGAUGGUCUGAACGCUGAAUGAGAGUUCUGAAUAACUGUUAAAAGCUCAAAGCAAAAGUUCAAAGGCAAGAAGGUAAAAAAGUUCCAGAGACUUAAUUUUUAAUGUCAUAAAUCUAACUAAGCAAAACAUUCAUCAAAUUUGUAGUUUCACUUUGUGAGGAGUUUCCUUAGCUGUAUCUUUUCACUAACUUUUAAAAGCAAGGCAUGAACAGUUGAAAUAGAUGGGUUUUGUUUUGAAGUCACGUUGAUGCAAAUAAAUGUUGUAAGUGGAGAAGAUCAGAAUAUUAAGGAUCCUUAUCAAUAUUCCAUUGAUAUAUGCAGUAUUCUAAUGAGAAGUGGUAAAUAUAUUUGCCCAGAGAAGUCUGUGCUAGUAUUACAUCAACAUAGUAUUGUAUGGGACUGCUCUCAUUUAGGAAUAGUGAACUCUGUUCUGCAGCCUAAACCUUGACAUGUGACUUUAAAAACUGGGAACAAUGCAAGCUAUGUACUGUACAUCAUGUAUGUGGGUUCUUUUUAUUGGUCCCCAAUGUUCAGAUUGUACAUUUGAAACAGUAAUAAAAAUAAUCUGAAAACCAAAACUAA